UUCAAUGUCCAAAAAAAGUGUGUGCAUUCUUUCUAAACAAAUAGAGCAUAUAAUAUUUAGUAAAGUAUAAAUUAGACAUAAUUAACACAAGACAAUUGUGUAAGAAGAGAUUUCAUACGAUCGACCCCACCACCACCACCCCUUCUCUCCUCUCCAUUUCUACCUAGUGUUGUGUUGCCAUCAUCUUCUAAAUUGUACUUGCAACACUUUAGCCACGCUCUUGCCCUAACUUUCACUACAAAGUUGCAGUAGCUCUCUCUCUCUCUCUCUCUCAUGAGUUUAUGCAUUCUCCACUUGAGACCCCAAACAUUUCACAACGCCCAAGACAGACACAAUGUUCCCAUUUGGCGAUAACCCUCUUGAGAAAAGGCCUUGUUUCGAUCAAAUUCAAAACCCUAUCGAAUCCCCAUUUUUCUCAAACUUUCCCUCCCCAUUCUUCGAUGAACACGAGCUGCCCUUGAACCAAAUCUUCCCGAAGCCGAUUCCAUCAGAUCACCCUAAGAAAGCCUCGGAUCCGGCGAAAGCGAAACAGAAAACGAGGCGGAGCCUCCCCCUGCCGAGGAAGAGGACCGGCAAGAAAGACCGGCACAGCAAGAUUUGCACCGCGCAGGGGAUUCGAGACAGGAGGAUGAGGCUCUCCCUUCAAGUGGCCAGGAAAUUCUUCGAUCUCCAAGACAUGUUGGGCUACGACAAGGCCAGCAAAACCAUCGAGUGGCUCUUCACCAAAUCCAAGAAGGCCAUCAAGGACCUCGGAAACAAUGUUUCCAUGAGUGUGAGCGAUGGUAAGAGCGAGUCUUUCGUGUCGGAAUGUGAGGUUGUGUCCGGAAUCGAGGAGAACUGCUCCAACGCCGACGAAGGCGAGAGGAAAGUAGGCAGCUGCACCAGAGAGUCGAGGGAGAAGGCGAGGGCGAGGGCGCGCUGCAGAACAGAGGAGAAGAUGAUGGGCAAGCGCGUCCAACCGGAUUACACCCCUCUCCUGCACCCGCCCUCCGACGCCGGAACAAUCGAGAACCUUCUCGGGAGUUCCACCUCUGCUGCUCUAAUCGAUCCCACCACCAGUUUCAUGGGAUUUCUCGGAAACUGGGACAUGUUGAGCAUUGACAGACUAAAUUAUGCAGGUAAUCCCAACUCCAUUUAUUCACCCACCUCCCCAGAUUUUCCACUGUUUCAUCAAUAAUUUAAGCUGCCUUGUACAUUAUUGGAUGAGGUACGUAUGUGUAAAAUAUUUAUGCCUCAUCCCUUUCAAUUUCACUCUUUUCAAAUCCCUAGCUUGCAUGUAAUAAUCAUGUACCAAUAUAAAAAUAAAAAAUGGUUUUGUUGUACUAA